AUGUCGCAGAAAGUCUGGACUCGCAAGUUCCCUGCCGGCUUCGGCCUCGAGAAGGCGCUGGAGGCCACUCGCAACCCCGGCGCCGCUGAGCCCAUCGUCAGCCCACCUGAGAACAUGGAAGAGCUCGCAUCGUCCGAUGCCGGCGGCCCUGGCUUCACCCUUGCCUCCUUCACCACCGAAGACGCUCUUGAGCUUGGCCAUCUGCUGCACGCCCGUCUUCUUGCGUUUGCUCCGGCCCGUUCGGCAUUGAUCAACAUUAGCACUUCGGGCGGCGCUCAGACUGUCUACCAGAGCGUCACUGGUUCCGGAACCACCCCGGACAAUGAGAUUUGGGUUAGCCGCAAGCGCACGACCGUCCUGCGCUUCGGCGUCAGCUCGUGGAUGAUGGGCCGCAAGUUUGCCGGCGACGAGCCCCUCUUUGCGUCCAAGUUUGGCCUGGACCCUGAGCAGGCUGGCAAAUACGCCAUCCACGGUGGCGCUAUUCCCAUUCGUGUCCCAGGUGCUGAUGGAAUCGUUGCUGUUGUGAUUGUCAGUGGUCUCAAGCAGCAUGAGGAUCACGGCGUCAUUGCUGAGACGAUUCACAAGUACUGGGAGUAA